UCUCUCUCUCUCUCUCUCACACACACACACGCACACGCACACACACACUAUAUAUAUGUGUGUGUGUAUAUGUAUAUAUAUCACUCACUGUUUUACGAGGAGAGAAUAUGGAGUUCCAUGAUCAAAGACAGAGCAACGGAGCCGGUGAAUGUGGUGAUCAAGGCAAGGGCCAAGCUCAGGAAAGAACUGGCCAAAUGAUGGGCUCUUUAGAAAAAAAAGCUCAUGAAGGAGGGGACCCGAUCUACGACGCGAUCAGGGAGGCAAAGGAGGAAAGAACUGGCCAGGUGGUGAGCUCAUUAGAAAAUAAGAGCCAAGGAGGAGGGGACCCGAUCUACGACGCGAUCCAAGAGGCAAAGGAGGUGAUGAAGCUGAAGGCUCAAAAGGAGAAGACUGGGGAGCAUAUGAAUCCGAUGGAUCAGACCGAUAAGGGUGUUCUUACCAUUGACAAGAAGGAUGAUUAGAGAUGGAGAGAGGAAGCAGUGGUGGAAAAAUAUUGGAUAUUUUUGGACUUUGAUUAGUUUUCCCUAACUUCUUUCUAUGUAAGAUUGCUGCGUGAUAUAUGCUUAAAGAGAGAAAAGUCCUAUGUGGUAUUAGAUGGGAGUGUUUAUAUUUUGGUGUUACUAGUCGCCUUACUAUAAUAAAAUUUUCGUAAUUUUCAGUUGACA